AUGAUUUCCGCCCUCGCAUGUCUCAUGGAGUUGCCGAUCGUACUUGCAUUCCUCGCCGCAUUUCUGCCGCUACUUGUCUAUGCAGCACAGAAACCCCAAAAACGAAGAGGCGCUCGCGGCAAUGAGCUGCCCUUCCUCUCGUGCAGCGGUUGCUGGCUACCAUACAGCAAAGGAAAUAGUGCAUCCCGAACCCCGAUGAUGCUGGGCAACGGCACCAUCCGAUGUUCCCGCUGCGUCCAAUACAGCGGGCCCACAGCCGCGAAAAAAGCUGAAUUCAUCACCGAGCUCCUCUCCUCCGCACCAAUCGAGCUAGACACCGGAAGCUGGUUCUGGAUCUGUCGGUUCUUUCCACUGAAUUGUCGCAGCUGUCUCGGGGCAGAGAAUCUGAUCGUACUCUCCUGCGGCCACCUAAGCUGUGAGGGCUGCCGACGUCGUUGUUUGGAGUGUGGAUAUGGGACUCGAGCCGAACCGGAGGGGGAGCUGAUGCGGUUUUAUGAAGCGUAUGCUAAGGUUUCCACCGACGCCGCACAAGCCACCCGGCUUCGAAGUCUCGACUCCGUGCGCCGUUGCUCCAAUUGCCCACGAGCGAUGGUCUGGUUC